GUUGCUCCAGAUAAUGUAAAAGAUUCAACUGAAAGUGAAUGAACCCAUGUGAUCUUUUACAGGAGGCCGGUCUGUGGUCCUCAGAGGGGACAAACGUGCCCAUCAACGAGCCACAGGUGUACAGCGCCCGGCCCCCGGACAGGCUGCAGCCCUCCUCGGUGCCCACGCGUUUCCAGUCUCCGUACGGGGCGAGCAGGUUCCAGCCCACCUACCCCUACCUGCCCCGGGGCGUCAUCGAACUGCCCCCCACCAUCGCGCUGUCGGACGGGGAGGAGCCCCCGCCGUACGCUGGGCCCUGCACGCUGCAGCUGAGGGACCCCGAGCAGCAGAGGGAGCUCAACAGGGAGUCGGUGAGAGCGCCCCCUAACCGCACGGUGUUCGACUCGCAACUGGUGACGCACGGCAACUGCACGCACAACAGUUUGCAGUUACCGCCCCCUAGUGUCCACUCCGGCAUGAGCGUGAUGGAAGCACAGGAGUCCCGCCAGCACAAACACUCCAGCAGGGUAGACGGAGCCCCUCCCACGUACAGCGAGGUCAUCAUCGGACACUUCUAUCCCCCGCCAAAUCUACCGGCCAAUCACAAUCGAACUGCUAACCCCCCCAGCACCAGAACUGCCCCCUCCCCGCCACACUCCCUCAUACACGGCCUGCUCCGGGGCUCCACGGACCAACGCAACAGCAAGAACAGCAAAGAGAAGCCCCACAAACCACAAAAUGUCUGAAAGGAAAACGAAAGGAAGGAAGCGAGGGAAAUCGAGCAUGCCGAUUGGCCGAUUCCAUGGAAAAAAAUAAAAGCACUUACGUCGAACCUCGGAUGGUAAAUGUGGCAAAACGGCGCCCCCUACCUUGCCGCCACCUUCUUCUUUAUAAAUAUUUACCUGUUUUCAUUCCUAUCAUAGCGAAACGUUGCAAUCUGUCUACUCUGUCCGGCUGUUUUCUUAACGAUAAUCUCCAUUUUGCUGCUUUUGAACGCAUUCUAAGUUGCAGUCCACGGCAGCGGCUCCUGGCUGACUUUUUAGCACGUUAGCGCUUCCAGUUUAGACGUAGCUAGAGAAGUUGUAAAAAAUAGCAAACUAGAUGUAGCAAAAGUGCUGAAAGUCUUCCCAAAUGGAGGUUCUUCCCACAGUCUGCGUAAAUAAUGGACCAAUGAGACAAAUGCAAUGUUCUAUUCUAAGUUCUAAGUUCUAUUGAAUGUCGGGAGUCGAUAAAUCCGAGUCAGUUCUCCCGACUUUUGUUGUAGAUUCGUUCCAUUGCAGCAGUUGGGGAAAAUAUGGACGCCCGAGAAAGUUUAAUGUCCGACCGACUAGCCCGAGUUUGUGUUUCGGAACCUCGAUUUGAUUGCACUUUCUCGAGGUGGAGGUCGGUUUUCCCCAAGUCCCAAGAGCAACAGAAUGCAGCAUUAUAAUUGGCUUGUUAAAAUCAAAUUGUACUUUUUGUAAUUGUAAAAAUCCUAAUUGAUUUUUACAUCGAAACUAUGGAUAUUUCUGCUACUAACAUGUGUAGCUGUAUAUAUCUCAUUAGUUAAAGGGUCUAUAUUGUUGUUAUAAUGUUUCCUCAUCAAAAACAUACCCGGAGUUGUGUUUUGUUUCAUUCAAACGUUUAACUCACAAAUCCAAAGUUCUUCUCUCAAAUUCUCUCUCUUUUUAAACUCCAUACAUCAUCACUAAAAUAAUUCAGAUAAUUUCAGCUCUAGGAUUUACAAUCUCUACUGAACAAAAGCCCCGUCCGCACUAGUAUGUAUUCGAAUCGUUUUCGUUGUGGAUGCAGUGUUCGUUCACACUAAUCUGAUGGAAAAUAGCUCCAGCUCCCACAAAUUUGAGUAGGGAUCUGAUCCGGCCCUGUGUGGAUGCCUGAAAACGCUGAUAUGCUGAUGUAGGUCUAUGCACUGCGAAGUAAAGAGGCUAGAACAGGCCUGUCCAAACUAUGGCCCGUGAGCCAAAUGCGGCCCUCAGACAAUUUUUUCUUGGCCCUCAGGCUUCCAGGUGAAUUGGCCCAAAAUGACCUUGCUUCAAUUAAAAAUUAAGUUUUUACUCAAAGUUGUUUGAAAAUCUCUCUUGAGAAAUCUAAUAUUUAAUAUUUAGUAUGUGGUUUUAAGGAUCUUAGCAUAAAUAAAGACUGAUGGCUCAUUCUAACGUGUUAAACAUGUACAUAUUUCAAUUCUUCACUGUAUUGAGCAUCAGUCUACAGCUCUUGAUUGGCCCUCUGCUUUAUUUGUGUUUAGAUUUGUAGCCCUUGAUGAAAAAAAGUUUGGACACCCCUGGGCUAGAAUAUGUGUCCAUUCAUAUAUACGGUCUGUGCGUACGACCUGCAGACGUAUAAUCUCUGAAAAGUUUACGCGAUAGAAACACAGAACAGACUCACCAUCAGCAGAACACCCCUCUGUCCCAGAAAGAACACUCAUAUUCCACUGAGUCGUGUCCUUUAGUCCGACAGAAGCUGAACCGCAUCAGCGCACAAUAACGAGCUGUUUUUUUUGAGCUCUCAGUUUAUUCAAAAUAUCCAUGCAGUUUUAACUUUAAUUUCUGUAAAACGUAAACAAAUAUGCUCAAAGCUGUGUGGAUAGAGAAGGCUUGCGGACACAGAAACAACGUGUCUGGACACAAAUUGUUUCGGUGAUACGGUGAAAACUACAGAGUUUCUCAAACAUGUGUGAAAGAAACAAAACACAACUCCAUGUUUUUGAGAAGGUAACAACAUUCUACCGAUCUACCAGUAAAUUUUGUGUCAUAUAGGACUUUUAAGAUGAUCAUAAUAAUGCCUUUGUAGGAUGUAUUCAGUAGCGUCGCCGGUUAGUAUGUGGCUACAGAUAACUGCAAAAAAAACCUCCCUUACUGACGACAACACCGUCCUUUGGUCCAGUAUUUUCACUCAGCCUGUGCCCACGCCUUAUUUCGACCAAUCGGAGCCGCCGCUGUAUAAAUUCCCAAGGAAGGUUUGCACAAAACUGUUCACCACAGGGGGAUAAAAGUGAGAUUAUGUAAAGUAGGCAUAUUUUUCUAAACUUUGCUUUUCUAUGUCGUAGUUUUAGAAGAGAAAAUCUUGUAAGCCAUUAGCGUUUACGAGCUCCAUACAUGAUCGACCUGCUCUGAAACAUGUAUGCAAGCCGAGAGAAAGCACGAUUAAGACUUAUUUAUAAAAAUGCUGAAAAUGUUGCACUAUUUUUCGCACGGAUUUGACGAGAGGCAGACUUAUUUCCGAAGGUGUUUCACGUUCUUGCCUUGACCGCGAGCCAGCAGCAGUGCACAGUAUCUCAAAAGUUGGAAUCCGCGAUGUUAUUUUUCUAACCGUUGGAAACGAAUCCGCUGGUUUAUGCAAAUGUAAAUGAGUCCCAAGCAUGUUUUCGUUUUCCAACUUUGACCUGAGCGCCUAAUCAAAAAAAAAAAAAUCUCCAAAAAUCUCUUAACCAUGUUUUCAUUUUCUAGACUUGAAUUAGCCAAUCCCAAAGCAGGCUCUCACUACCUCGACCACGCAGUGAAGCGCAUCUUAUGAGUUAAUCAUCGUUUUCUCUUUUUUUUUUUUUUCCACAUCGAACGAAUGUCUCAACCAAUCAAGACGAUGUGUUAAGUUGUAGCAUUUAGUUAGUUAUUAUUAGUUAGAUAGCGUUGUAUUUGUUUUGUUUGUGGGUAUCAUGAAAGUGUGAGAGAGAAUUGGAGUAGGAUUAUGAAAAGCCAUUUGGUUCUCAGGAUCAAAAUACGACGCGAUUGUGGCUGUGCACUGUUGCUACGGCAAUUCACAAAUGUCCCAAAAUUCACCUGGUUUCACGGCGUUUCUGAGCACUUUACUGCAGCGGGAAAGAGAACGCAAUCUCGAUUUCAGCCAUCGCCAGACCACGGCAUAAAAAAAAACGAAAUAACAAAAACAAAACUCCGUGAAAUGGUGGAGUUGAAAAGUUUUAGAGCUUGAUUUUAAAAGGAUGCAAAUAAAAAAUGCUACGAAAUUCAAAACGAGAAAAAUACUGUGAUUGCGGAAAUAGCAUAGCACAUUUGUUGUCACUGGAGUUGGCUUUGGGUGUUGGAAGUGUCCGGCCCAACGGCACAAUUCCAGUGUGCGUUCAGGUGAGGUUUAAACCAAUUACCCUCUGGUGGCUGGGCAUGCUUAUUCAACUACGCCACUGUCACUUGGAAAUUAGUGUUGAUAUGAAAUAAAAGUUGAGAAAUUUGAUCUAAAUUUAUAUGCAAAAAAAAAAAAAAACACAAGAAAAAAAAACAUUGGCAAUUCAUCUUAACUAGAGUUGUCAAAUGCCUAUUAAAGUUGCACUCUGUAACUUUUUGGUUGGGAGUUCGUCACCUGCUUGUUUCUAUGGAGACGUCAUUGCUCUGCCUGGAAUGUCCCACAGUAUAGCAUUAAACUUUACAUGCUCUACUUUACAUUUAUUCAAUUCCAGAUGGUUUUAUAGCUCAAAGUAUCGAGAAAAACAUGCGUUCUGACUGUGAGUGGGCUCGCCUCUUCCCAGAUCUGACCUGUAACUUGCUCUAGUUUGGUCUCCGUGACGACAGAAAGGUUUAAAGCCAUACUGUGAGACAUUCCAGACAAAGUAAUAAUAUCUCUGCCACGAAAAGCUUUUGACGGACCCUCCACGAGAAAAGUUACACAAAGGAUCGUCAAAUUGAAAUCUCAAAUUUUCAGAAUAUGAGCUGAUUUUUCAUUCGCCCAUUAUGAUUUUUCAUUAGUAAAAUUAUUUGUGCGUUGGCAGCGUCGGGCGAGCUGUUGAAACUAGGCACAUUGGAGUGUUGACAAAUGACACAAGUGUUAAUAGCAGCUCGUUCGGCGUCAUCGCUUUUGAAAUUUAGCCCUAAAUCGGAAACAAAUCCACCAUUCUGUUCAGCUUCUCAAACUCCUGCUGAGCUCAGAGCACAAUGUAAUGUCCAGUCUUUAUGCAACAGCGCCCUCCCCAGGAACCAGACCAAACUACACCCAAAACUCCAGCCUGAGAGGAGAGAGUUAAGGCCAAAAAAUGAAAAAUUAAUCGAAGAACAUGGUGAAUCUUUUAUGAGAACUUUGUCUUUACUUUAAAGCGUCAACAAGUAGCUGCUAAUUUUUAAACAAAAUGACAAAAUCAAUAAAAAUAUAUAUAUGAAUAGACAAAAACACUUCUGACAGUAGUUCAAUAACACUGUAAGAACAUUAUUAAUAUUAGUUGUAAUAGUUUUUUGGUGAAAUUUGUAGAACUUGUUUAUAUCUUUAGAGAUUUUAAUGCAUUUAUCUUUUUGUGCCUUAUGCUUUUUAGACUAUCUGUUCUAUAAUGUCCCUAGAAAAUUAAAUAUGAAGUUUAGUAUAUUCAGUAUUCAUUUCUUUUACUAAAUAAGUAAAUUUAGUAAAGUCCCAUCUUCUUUCUAGCUUAUA